AUGCUGCAACAUCAGCCCUUUGGGCAGUCCCAUCCGGGAACAGGCAAAACCGCCACCGUCCACGCCGUUGUCAAGGAGCUGAAGCGGCGGGCCGAGGAUGGCGAAAUCGCGCCGUUCUCAUACGUCGAGAUCAACGGCCUCAAGAUCCCCAGUCCUGCACACGCGUACUCUGUCCUCUGGGAGGAGAUUAGUGGGCAGCGAGGGACGAGUGCCAAGACGGCGCUGCGCGGACUUGAGGCGCACUUUGGGCGUAAGAGCGGCGUGCGAGGUCCUAGAUCGAACACUUACGUUGUGCUGAUGGACGAGCUCGACCAGCUUCUCACAGCCAAACAAGACGUCGUAUACAAUUUCUUCAACUGGCCGACAAUGCGCGACUCGCAGCUCUUCGUAAUCGCUAUCGCCAACCGGAUGGACCUGCCCCAACACCUCGCAGCCAGCCAACCUGCGCAGCAAAUCAACCAUUCAAGCCGUCCCGUUAAUUCCAGUCCUCCUUAG